AUUUUGGAUGUUAUGUGAUGGAGUAGGUCAGUGCAUAUAUCCUUGGAGAAUACAGCCAUCUUCUGGCUAGAAGGCCUGGAUGUAGUCCAAAAGAAAUCUUUAACAUCAUUCAUGAGAAGCUUCCUACUGUUACGACUUCAACAAUUCCCAUUCUUCUGUCAACUUAUGCGAAGAUAUUGAUGCACACACAACCACCAGAUCCAGAGCUACAGAAUCAGAUUUGGGCAAUAUUCAGGAAAUAUGAAAGCUGCAUCGAAGUUGAAAUACAGCAACGGGCUGUGGAAUACUUUGAGUUGAGUAAGAAAGGUGCAGCUUUAAUGGAUAUCUUAGCCGAAAUGCCAAAGUUCCCUGAGCGACAGUCUUCACUGAUAAGAAAAGCUGAGGAUACUGAGGCUGAUACCGCUGACCAAAGUGCAAUCAAGUUGCGUGCACAACAGCAAACUUCUAAUGCUCUAGUAAUGACAGACCAACGCCCUGCUAAUGGAACUCCACCAGUCAGCCAGCUAGGUUUAGUAAAAGUUCCAAGCAUGAGCAAUGUGGAUCGUGAUUUAGCAGAUCAAGGGGAGACUCAGUCAAAUGGAACUUUGACUGUUGUGGAUCCUCAACCCCCUUCAACCCCUUCGCCUGAUCUCCUGGGUGAUCUUUUAAGUCCUCUGGCUAUUGAGGGCCCUCAGCCUGAUGCUAACCAAUCUGACCAUAAUUUGGGUGCUGGUGUUAAAGGUGCUCCAACUGCAGAGNUCUUUCAGGAAUCCCAUGUCCUCAUGCAAUAA